CCUUGAAUACUGGGCUCGGUUUUGGGGCCUUCACUACAUCAAGGACACUGAGAUGCUGGAGCGGAUCCAAAGCAGGGCAGCACAGCUGGUGAAGGGUCAGCAGCACAAGUCUUGUGAGGAGUGCCUGAGGGAACUGGGCUUGUGUAGCCUGGAGAAAAGGAGCCUGAGGGAAGACCUCUCACUCUGCGCAGCUCCCUGAAAGGAGAUUGGAGCCAGGUGGGGCUCAGUCUCUUCUCCCAAGUAGCAAGUGACAGGGCAAAAGGAAACAGCUUCAAGUUGCAUUAGGGGAUAUUUAAGAUGCAUAUUAGAAGGAAAUUCUUGAGAGAAAGGGUUCUCAGACACUGGAACAGGCUUCCCAGGGAGGUGGCUGAACUCCCAUGCCUAGAGGUAUUGAAAAGGCACAGGGAUGUGGUGCCAAGGGACAUAGGUUAGCACCAGGCUUGGCAGAGAGUGAUCAGAUUCAGUGAUCUUGAAGGCCUUUUCCAAUCACGAUUCUGAUUUGGGCACAGCUGAGGGGCCAGCAGGAGAGCUGAGAUGGGUUCUGUUUUAUUGACUCACCUACGUCUGAGAAGCUGUAGGCAGUGGUGAAUGAUGGUGCUGGGUCUUUUCUUCUAGAUUCUGAAUCUCCACAAUCUACAACAGGAGAUUAUGAGAUGUUUGGGGUGUGAAACACGUUUUUUACUUUACCACCACACAGCACAGAAAGUUAGGGGUUGGAAGGGACCUCCUGAGAUCAUCCAGUCCAACCACCCUGCCAGAGUAGGAGCACCUAGGGCAGGUCACACAGGAAGACAUCCAGGUGGGUUUUGAAUUGCUCCAGAAGCUCUCUGGGCAGCCUGUUCCAGCCCUGCACAUGUAUUGAUCCCUCUCCUGCUUGAUGUUUGCCAGCUCUUCUGUCCAGUACUUCUGAAGAGGUACUAGUGCAUUCAUUCCUGCAGAUACUUACUCUUCCUUCAGCUGUUGGCAUGAAGCCCCAGCUCAGGACUGCUUCUGCUACUUCUGUGCUGCUUUUCUUUCCUUCUCAUGUGUUUUUUUCCCCUCAGUCCUUUCCAGACUAUACCCUGGGCUAGCCUACCCCGGUGCUGCUCUUCAGGGUGGAAGAGGAGGGGAUGGUGCUGGCCUCUGGGACAGGUGGGCGGUGUUCCGUGUGGAGCAGGAGUUUCAGGAUGAGGCUUUUGGGUAUCUCUGGCAAGCAGUCACACUGAUAGAGCAUGGACAGUGGUUUGUGAAAUACCCAGAGUGUGGACAGUACCAUUCUGGGGGAAGGUGUCACCGGCAGAGUCCCCACCGGUGCCAGCAGCGGUGCCUCUCCACAGAGCGGCAGCUGCCCCUCGCGACGGCAGCUCCUCACCACUCAACAUCUGGCCCUCCUCAGCUCCUCAUCCUCCCAAGGAUCUUCAGCUCUUCUUGCUCUGCAGGCCGGGCCGGGGGCAGGCCUGCUCCCCUCUGAAGUGGACAGUGUCCUUUGGCUCAGCUGGGUAGAGCAGCUGGAUACACAAUCAGUCGCCCUCUGCGAUUUCCAAACUCCUCUUAACCUGCUGAACUGAGCUCUGGCACACAGCUGCUCCUUGCCGCCAUGAAAACAAUCAUUGCAGCCUGCUCCCAAAACCUUAGUGGCAGCCGUGCCAGCAUCCAGAAGGCCCUGCACACCCUGCUGGCAGUGCCCUGGCCCUCGCAGCGAGACAUCCGCUCCUGGCUCCAGCUCCUCUCCGUUCUGCAGUGGGUGCUCAGCUUCCUGCUGCUGGGAAUCGUCAGCCUGCUGGUCCUCAUCUACCUGCUGUUCACCAGCCUCUGGCCCAUCUCUGCGCUCUACCUGGCCUGGAUCAUCUUCGACUGGGACACGCCGGAGAAAGGUGGCAGGAGGCUGCCGUGCCUGCGGCGAUGGUCUGUGUGGAGGCACUUUCGGGAUUAUUUCCCCGUGAAGCUCGUGAAGACACAUGACCUGUCCCCCAGCCACAACUACAUCAUUGGCUCCCACCCCCACGGCAUCCUCUGCGUCGGUGCCUUCUGCAACUUCAUCACGGGCUCGACAGGCUUCAGUGAGAUGUUCCCAGGCAUCCAGCCCUUCCUCGCCACCCUGGCCGGCAACUUCCGCCUGCCCAUCUUCAGGGAGUACCUGAUGAGCGGGGGCCUGUGCCCGGUGACACGCCGUGCCAUCGGCUACCUGCUGUCCCAGAAGGGCACCGGCAACGCAGUGGCCAUCGUGGUCGGCGGCGCGGCCGAGUCGCUCUCCUGCCGGCCGGGCGUCACUACGCUCAUCCUGAAGAACCGCAAGGGCUUCGUCCGCAUGGCUCUGCGUCACGGAGCCCACCUCGUCCCGUCCUUCUCCUUCGGGGAGAACGACCUCUUCCGCCAGGUGGUCUUCGAGGAGGGCAGCUGGAUGCGGAGCGUGCAGCGCCGCUUUCAGAAGAUGAUAGGCUUUGCUCCCUGCGUCUUCUACGGGCGGGGCCUCACCUCCGUCCGCUCCCGGGGCUUCCUCCCCUACGCCAGACCCAUCACCACCGUGGUUGGGAAACCAGUGACGGUGCCCCGGGUGGAGAACCCAAGCCGUGAGCUGGUGGACAAGUACCACGAGCUGUACAUCCGCGCCCUGCUCCAGCUCUUCAACGAGAACAAGACCAAGUACGGGCUGCUGGAGGCGGACGAGCUGCACAUCCUCUGAGCCCGGCCGGCGCCGGCGGCCACGUCCUGGCUCACAGGGGCAGCAGGCACUUGUGGGUGGGGAUUUGAGCUGGCUCAUCGCGAGGGGCACACAGGGCACGGUCCCCGCUCCCAGCCCUCCGCUCCUCCAGCCAAAAAUCCCGAGUGGAAGGUGGGAGGAGAGGAGGAAGCGAGGGGAAGGGGAGACUGGGGAAGGGUUCCCUUUGAAAAGGGUUUGGAGGGGCUGUGGGUGACACAGCUGUCCCUAAGGGAUGCAGGGCGGAUGUGGGGGUGGCUGGUGUGAGGCUGGGGGCCAGUUAUGGGCACGGUCCCCCCAAGAUAACCAGGACACCAUGAGCUGAGGAGCACGGGGGGUGUCAUGUGAGUUGGGAAGGAGAUGGGCUCUCUGAGGUGGUGUCUCGAUGGUGAGUGGGACUGAGCUGGGGAGGCACCCCUCCUGGGGUGGAGGGAGGACACUCCUGGAUGUGGAGACCUGUGGAAAUGGCCUCAACUGGGACUGUGUGGCCCUGGGCAAGGGGCAGGUGCUGUCUGGCCCCAGAUGAGCCUUUGCUGCUGCCUCUGUACCCAAUACAGAUUUCCACAUACCCCCA